AUGAACUUAUAUAAACAGGAAGUGCUGGGCCAGCCCCUCCGAUACAUCAUGUACUUAGCAAUUAACCACUGGAGAGCUGGACAGCUGUUUAGGCACAUGCUGCAUCGAGAAUUCAUGGAUGAGGAGACAAGGCCACUAUCCAGGAGGUUUACAGAAUGGGUCUACGGACCUGUUCAUUCUUCACUUUAUGACAUGACCUCCAUUGACACCAAUGAAGAAAACUCUGUGUUAGAGAUAAUAAUUUUUGGGAGUGAGAUUCCGAAUCGUCCCGAGAUGCUUCAGAUUGAACCACUUUGCAGUUUUCUUCAGAAUAAGUGGGAAAGGUUCGCUUCCAAAUUAUUCUUGAUGAAUUUCUUGCUUUAUGUGGUUUACCUGACCAUCUUCACUGCUGUGGCCUUGCACAGAAAGGAUGGAAAGGCAGCACUCCUGAUCUGUGUGAUUAUGUAUGGCUGUGGGCAGGAGGAAUACGUUGGACUUCUUGUGCUCUCCUUGCUUCUUGCCUGGGUGAACUUUCUUUACUACCUAAGAGGUUCCAAGCAAUUAGGGAUGUAUGGUGUCAUGAUGCAAAGGGUAAGAGUUUUGUUACCAAAACGAUCAAAAUCUUUUGUUGCUCUUAUACAUGACCCGCCUACAGUAGUGUCAGCUGCCCAAAACCUGACAGCUGACAUACAGCUACAAGGAGGGAGCUUGACUACUUCUGUAAAUAAGCUAAGUUAUAGAGACGUUCGUUUUACUAUACUGGAAAUGUUCAAGUUCACUAUUGGAAUGGGAGAUCUGUAGUUCAUGGACGACGUUCAGUACAAAGAAGUUUACCACAUCCUGCUCAUCUCUUAGAUAGUUCUCACAUACAUCCUCCUGCUGAACAUGCUGAUAGCCCUGAUGAGCAACACAGUUGAAAGACUCUCAUACCAAAGCAAAAACAUCUGGAACCUGCAGGUGGGAUGCUGUUAA